AUGGCCUCCAAUGGAACUAAAGACAAGUUGAAAACACGGGCCUUCCAGUCAUCAACCCUCACUAUUCGAGCCAAGUCUGCAGUGUUUCAUACUGCUAACAGUCACACUAGGCCCCUCAGCCCCAGAGAGAAGCCCCUUCAGUACUCCGCCAGUGUCCCCCGGGUUGCCAGUGACUCUAUAGGUCAGCUGAAUGAGAGGGUGGGUCAGACUCAGAACAACCAGCUCCACAGUGCCUCAGGGACCCCUCUACAACGUGCCUACAACCGUUCUGUGCCUACAACCACUAACCUAACGAACAAGCCACAGCGUCCUUGUAGCGUGGGUGCUAAUUUAGCUAAUGGUCGCUGUCAACCAUCUGUUCUCUCUAAGAGUACACAGCUGUCCAGUGCUGACCUUAUCUCAUACAGACAUAACGCUGGUGUGUUGGAGCCAACCGUUCACAGCUAUAGGCCCAGCUGGAGCUUGGCUGUGUCACCCCAGGCUGUUCCCUAUCCCACCUGUCCACCAAAGGCAGAACGCAUCUCAGACUCGCAGAACAACGCAGCGUCACAACCUGCUGAAAGCACCACCACCAGCAGCACCACCAGCAGCAGCACCACCACCAGCAGCAGCAGCAGCAUGCCCACCAACCAGUCAGUCCCCUGGACCAGUGGCAAACUGAGAGGCCAUAACAAAGUGGUUAUGAGGCCCUCUACGGGUAAAGUGCCUUCCCGUCCCAGACAGGAGACUACCCAGACAAGAGACUCAGCAAAACCUUUGUCCCAGCUGACCCAGUCAGCUUCCUAUUGCCGUGGGGGGGACAAUGGGGACGGUAAAACCCAGACUAAGUUCACACACCACACCCCCAACACAGUGCCUUUUCAGGAUAGAUCACCCCACCCACCCAACACAGUGCCUUUUCAGGAUAGAUCACCCCGCUACAAUGACGUGGCACGGGAUCAGAUCUGGAGGCUCCAGGAUCCAUGUCAGUUUGAAAGCCUGGUGGCAGCAGACAUGGAGGGGGCUGACCACACCCAGAGGCUGGGGUGUUGUGCUGCUGGCCAUGGAAGUCAUGGAACUCCUCCUAACACACCGGCAGAGAGGAUCAGAAAGUCAAGCUCUGAGGUGGAGUUCACUGAGGCUGUGAGGAAGGUGACACAGUCACGGAGCGCGGUCACCCCUCAUCCCAGGAACGAGACUGUUAACGGAGUUACUACUGGACCCUCGGGGUCCAGCACGGAUCCAGUCAAGGUGGACAAAGGUAUGACUACUAGCUCUGUCAGCUCUGUGUCAGUCAUCCACAGCCCUGCUCCAGCCAAACCCUCUGUACCACUCUGCCUUACUAAGAGAGACCAGGAGACGGAGCCCUCAGUCUCUCCUGUGUCCAUGGAGGCCUCCAGCCUUGACAACAACACCACAACAAACAGUAGUAGCACAACAGCCUCCAUUGCACCUCUACCCCAUGCAGGUAUAACUCCAACCCAGUCCCCUACCCAGGCCAGUGCCACAGCUAGUUCCAGUGCAGAGAUAACUCCAACCCAGUCCCCUACCCAGUCCAGUGCCACAGCUAGUUCCAGUGCAGAGAUAACUCCAACCCAGUCCCCUACCCAGGCCAGUGCCAGUGCAGAGAUAACUCCAACCCAGUCCCCUACCCAGGCCAGUGCCAGUGCAGAGAUAACUCCAACCCAGUCCCCUACCCAGGCCAGUGCCAGUGCAGAGAUAACUCCAACCCAGUCCCCUACCCAGGCCAGUGCCAGUGCAGAGAUAACUCCAACCCAGUCCCCUACCCAGGCCAGUGCCACAGCUAGUUCUAGUCCUAGUUCCAUCCCAGAGAACACUGAGGCUGGUUCAGGGUCUACUCAGAGUCAGAGGCCUUCUGUCACCUCGGUGACCACCCAGAUAUCUGCCAUACACCUGACCAAGGAGAGGAGUGUCCUGUCUCUACAGGGGGGCCACAGCCACAGCCACAGCCCCUCCCAGUCCCCACCUGACCUGGAGAGGAGUGUCCUGUCUCUACAGGGGGGCCACAGCCACAGCCCCAGCCCCUCCCAGUCCCCACCUGACCUGGAGAGGAGUGUCCUGUCUCUACAGGGGGGGCACAGCCACAGCCCCUCCCAGUCCCCACCUGACCUGGAGAGGAGUGUCCUGUCUCUACAGGGGGGGCACAGCCACAGCCCCUCCCAGUCCCCACCUGACCUGGAGAAGGAACAGCAGGCUGAGUCACCUCAGCUCUCCAGGUCAGUUCUCUCUCACAUACUACAGGCGAUAGUUAGACUAGAUGGCAUAGCAUGGGAGGUAGCUCAGUUGGUAGAGCAUGGCGUUUGCAACGCCAGGGUUGUGGGUUCGAUUCCCAUGGGGUAUGAACAUUUAAAAGAAUAAUGUAUGCACUAACUUUAAGUCGCUCUGGAUAAGAGCGUCUGCUAAAUGACGUAAAUGUAAAAUGUAAUGUUUUGAGCGCUGGGAAAGUGAUAUAUCCUUUUAUCUACAUCCCCAGAGUCAGGUGAACUCGUGGAUACCAUUUUUAUGACCCUGCGUGCAGUGUGAAGGACGUUGCUAACUAGCGGUAGCGUAAUUGCUAACUAGCGUUAGCGCAGUGACUGGCAGUCUAUGGGUUCUAUUUCCGGCUGGCGUUAAGGCGGCGCCAGUGUAAAAACGCAUGUUAGUUUGUAAUUUCGUCAUGUAAAAACUGGAUCACUGUCAUUCUCCAGCCCUAACGCCAUGUUCAGCAAUUUACCUAUUUACACUGCUCAAAAAAAUUAAGGGAACACUAAAAUAACACACCCUACAUCUGAAUGAAUGAAAUAAUCUUAUUAAAUACUUUUUUCUUUACAUAGUUGAAUGUGCUGACAACAAAAUCACACAAAUUAUCAAUGGAAAUAAAAUGUAUCAACCCAUGGAGGUCUGGAUUUGGAGUCACCCUCAAAAUUAAAGUGGAAAACCACACUACAGGCUGAUCCAACUUUGAUGUAAUGUCCUUAAAACAAGUCAAAAUGAGGCUCAGUAGUGUGUGGCCUCCACGUGCCUGUAUGACCUCCCUACAAUGCCUGGGCAUGCUCCCUACAACGCCUGGACAGUCUGUGGUGCAACUUGGCGUUGGUGGAUGGAGCGAGACAUGAUGCCCCAGAUGUGCUCAAUUGGAUUCAGGUCUGGGGAAUGGGCGGGCCAGUCCAUAGCAUCAAUGCCUUCCUCUUGCAGGAACUGCUGACACACUCCAGCCACAUGAGGUCUAGCAUUGUCUUGCAUUAGGAGGAACCCAGGGCCAACCGCACCAGCAUAUGGUCUCACAAGGGGUCUGAGGAUCUCAUCUCGGUACCUAAUGGCAGUCAGGCUACCUCUGGCGAGCACAUGGAGGGCUGUGCGGCCCCCCAAAGAAAUGCCACCCCACACCAUGACUGACCCACCGCCAAACCGGUCAUGCUGGAGGAUGUUGCAGGCAGCAGAACGUUAUCCACGGCGUCUCCAGACUAUGUCACGUCUGUCACAUGUGCUCAGUGUGAACCUGCUUUCAUCUGUGAAGAGCACAGGGGGCCAGUGGCGAAUUUGCCAAUCUUUGUGUUCUCUGGCAAAUGCCAAAUGUCCUGCACAGCACAACACCGGGCCCUCAUACCACCCUCAUGGAGUCUGUUUCUGACCAUUUGAGCAGACACAUGCACAUUUGUGGCCUGCUGGAGGUCAUUUUGCAGGGCUCUGGCAGUGCUCCUCCUUGCACAAAGGCGGAGGUAGCGGUCCUGCUGCUGGGUUGUUGCCCUCCUACGGCCUCCUCCACGUCUCCUGAUGUACUGGCCUGUCUCCUGGUAGCGCCUCCAUGCUCUGGACACUACGCUGACAGACACAGCAAACCUUCUUGCCACAGCUUGCAUUGAUGUGCCAUCCUGGAUGAGCUGCACUACCUGUGCCACUUGUGUGGGUUGUAGACUCCGUCUCAUGCUACCACUAGAGUGAAAGCACCGCCAGCAUUCAAAAGUGACCAAAACAUCAGCCAGGAAGCAUAGGAACUGAGAAGUGGUCUGUGGUCACCACCAGUCCUUUAUUGGGGGUGUCUUGCUAAUUGCCUAUAAUUUCCACCUGUUGUCUAUUCCAUUUGCACAACAGCAUGUGACAUUUAUUGUCAAUCAGUGUUGCUUCCUAAGUGGACAGUUUGAUUUCACAGAAGUGUGAUUGACUUGGAGUUACAUUGUGUUGUUUAAGUGUUCCCUUUAUUUUUUUGAGCAGUGUAUUUUAGCCAUGCAGGUCCCAUUUUGGACGUGUGUAAAACCCCCUCCACGAUGUAGGCUACGUGUCCGUUCCCAUCAUGAGACAUGAGAACCCCAGUGAAUAGGUGAACCUUGUAUUUAGAAGUUAUCUGUAACCUGUAAAAAUGGCUUGUUUUCCGUUUGAUAUGUUCAAAACUCCUCAGGUCUACUAUAAUGAAGGCUGGUUCAACAGCAAUGCAUGUCUUUUUUAAUCCUAGAGAUUCUGAUUGGCCAGUGAGGGGCCAAGCCUCGACACACCCACAACUAGUUUAUUCAUCAAAGCCCAUCCCCAAAAAUAUUUGACACACCCCUGAACCCAUAGCGCUACCGCCUGCGCUUAGAUUGACCAUUGGUUUGUUAAAAUAGAGCCCUCUGGGUAUCUGCUAGCGUAGGCCAUAUACUUCUUCAUUGUGCUAACGCUAGUUAGCAUUGGAUCGCUAACUGCCUCUAACGUCCUUCGUACUGGACACAGAGACAUACAAACGGUAUCCAGAUGUAGUCCCCUGUAGCUCAGUUGGUAGAGCAUGGCACUUGCAACGCCAGGGUUGUGGGUUUGUUUCCCACGGGGGGGAGAGUAUGAAAAUGUAUGCACUCACUAACUGUAAAUCGCUCUGGAUAAGAGCGUCUGCUAAAUGACUAAAAUGUAAAUGUGAAAAUGAGUUGAUCAGACUCUGGGGAAGUAGAGAAAGGGCCUCAUUGCCAACAUCCAGAAGGAUCCCUUUAAGUAGAUCACCAGUACAUUUAUUGUGUUGUGUCACAUUUUUAUCGAGAUCAAAGUGGGUGAUAUGAGGAGGAAUUAAGCCCGUUUUUUGUAAACUAAAUAUAGGCUAAGAGUCUUGCUUUGUAAUAUUUGGGCUUAUCAUGAGUAACAUUAUGUCAUGUCUGUCCAUACAGUCCUCUGUGUUGUCUAGGGAACUCGGUGAGUGAUAGGUUAUUGUGAAAAGCUUUUCACUAUCGGGUGUCUUGCUUGAAGUCUUUCAGGUUUAUUUUCCCUGUCUGUCCACACAGUCCAGAGAGUGAUGGAGACGGAAUGGAAGACGAGGUUCCUGAUGACGAGCUGGAGAAUGACUGCGGUGGUGAUGAUGAUGAUGGUGAGGAGGUGGAAGACCCCUUUAACUAUUCAUUUAACCCCUCAUCUAGACAUGUGAAAAAUGACACCAUUUAAUUGGACGGCUAUAGCUAGGCUAACAUAAUGAAUCCAAUACGAUACCCUGUUUCUCCUCCGAAGGGUCUGACUGCUCCUCCAUGAGCGAUGCCUCGUCCACAGCCUCCAUGCCCGUCCGGUAAGUUUCAUAGCUUUGGCUUUUCUGUAUUGUUAAAUGUUGAUCAAAUCAUUUGAAAUUGUUCGAAAUACUUUGGAUUUUUAAUUACUAUGUUUAUUACAAUGAGUCUAUUGAAACCCUUCUGGUUUCUAAGGUUUUGUCCGUAUAGAGAUGUAUUGAAAGGGAAAAAGACGACGUAAAGUUUUUAGAAUAUAAACGUGAUGGGCUAUAUUGUGACAAUGAUGUCAAGUCUGUUUUUGGUUAUCUGUCAGACCACAAAUUCACCUGGGUCAUGAAAUGAAUCUGAAACGGACCAGAGGGUAGGCUAUAUUUCCCAUCAUGGUUUCAGACCUGUCAUCUAGGUAUCAUUUGAGUUUAACAGAAGGUUCAGUUAGUUAUAGAUAAUAUUGUUUACAAUGCCAGGAACUCGUGUUGUUAAUCUGUACACUUGACACAGAGCGACCUCUGGGGGGGGAAGGCUUAUUGAAAAAGAAGGGUCAACACUGCAAAUAUUGACUCUUUGCAUAAACUUAAUGUAAUUGUCAAUAAAAGCCUUUGACACUUAUGGAAUGCUUGUAAUUAUACUUCAGUAUACCAUAGUAACAUCUGACAAAAAUAUCUAAAAACACUGAAGCAGCAAACUUUGAAGACCAAUACUUGUGUCAUUCUCUCAACUUUCGACCACAACUGUGUUAUCUCCAAGUCAAUGCCAUUCACUCCCAGUACAACAGAACCGAUCCAGACCACUAGAACAGAACCGAUCCAGACCACUAGAACAGAACCGAUCCAGACCAGUAGAACAGAACUGAUCCAGACCAGUAGAACAGAACCGAUCCAGACCAGUAGAACAGAACCGAUCCAGACCACUAGAACAGAACCGAUCCAGACCACUAGAACAGAACCGAUCCAGACCACUAGAACAGAACCGAUCCAGACCACUAGAACAGAACCGAUCCAGACCAGUAGAACAGAACCGAUCCAGACCAGUAGAACAGAUCCAGACCAGUAGAACAGAACCGAUCCAGACCAGUAGAACAGAACCGAUCCAGACCAGUAGAACAUAACAGAUCCAGACCACUAGAACAGAACCGAUCCAGACCAGUAGAACAGAACAGAUCCAGACCAGUAGAACAGAACCGAUCCAGACCACUAGAACAGAACCGAUCCAGACCAGUAGAACAGAACCGAUCCAGACCAGUAGAACAGAACCGAUCCAGACCAGUAGAACAGAACAGAUCCAGACCAGUAGAACAGAACCGAUCCAGACCACUAGAACAGCAGCCUACAUGACUGUCAUGUGAGUUUUGUUGUUAAAUUCUUUGCCCAGAUAAUUGCCAUUAUCAGACAAUUGUUUUUAGUUGAUCAGAUUGUACUUUGUUUGAAGAUGAUUAGGAGGAAGACUGUUGUAACAGAAUGGGUUUGAUUUGAUCUUGAUGGUGUUGUAUUGGUUUGGUUUAAUAGACUCCUUUUUUUUUGUUGUUUUUUUGUUACCGGAUGUCUCCUGUCAUUCCAAAGACAUGGCUGAGCAUACUCUGGGCAAAAAUGACCUGCUAGGUGCCAACUAGCCUUGUUGUUUGACCCCCUCUGUUCUGGACCUGCUAGGUGCCAACUAGCCUUGUUGUUUGACCCCCCCCCUCUGUUCUGGACCUGCUAGGUGCCAACUAGCCUUGUUGUUUGACCCCCCCCCUCUGUUCUGGACCUGCUAGGUGCCAACUAGCCUUGUUGUUUGACCCCCUCUGUGGAUCUGUAUGACCAGGAAGUAGGCAUGUUGUUUGACCCCCCUCUGUGGAUCUGUAUGACCAGGAAGUAGGCAUGUUGUUUGACCCCCCCCUCUGUGGAUCUGUAUGACCAGGAAGUAGGCGUGUUGUCUGUGUCUGGCACGGUGGCAAAAUGGAAGAAGAAACCUGUUGAGAAACUCGUCAGGGAUUUAUGUUGUGACGUUCAACAAGUGUAGCUACAGUCUGUCUGUGUGUGUUUGAUAAUAUUCCCAGUGUUCGCUGUUAGGAUGAUUUAUUGCAUCCUCCCUGUUUUAAAGCCUCUGUGUUCUAAUGCCACGGUGUUACUGUGUGUUCUAAUGCCACAGUGGGUUACUGUGUGUUCUAAUACCACGGUGUUACUGUGUGUUCUAAUGCCACGGUGUUACUGUGUUCUAAUGCCACGGUGUUACUGUGUUCUAAUGCCACGGUGUUACUGUGUGUUCUAAUGCCACGGUGUUACUGUGUGUUCUAAUGCCACGGUGUUACUGUGUGUUCUAAUGCCACAGUGGGUUACUGUGUGUUGUAAUGCCACUGUGGGUUACUGUGUGUUCUAAUGCCACAGUGGGUUACUGAGUGUUCUAAUGCCACAGUGGGUUACUGUGUGUUCUAAUGCCACAGUGGGUUACUGAGUGUUCUAAUGCCACGGUGGGUUACUGUGUGUUCUAAUGCCACAGUGGGUUACUGUGUGUUCUAAUGCCACAGUGGGUUACUGAGUGUUCUAAUGCCACGGUGGGUUACUGUGUGUUCUAAUGCCACAGUGGGUUACUGUGUGUUCUAAUGCCACAGUGGGUUACUGAGUGUUCUAAUGCCACGGUGGGUUACUGUGUGUUCUAAUGCCACAGUGGGUUACUGUGUGUUCUAAUGCCACAGUGGGUUACUGUGUGUUCUAAUGCCACGGUGUUACUGUGUGUUCUAAUGCCACAGUGGGUUACUGUGAUUUCUAAUGCCACGGUGUUACUGUGUGUUCUAAUGCCACGGUGUUACUGUGUGUUCUAAUGCCACGGUGUUACUGUGUGUUCUAAUGCCACAGUGGGUUACUGUGUGUUCUAAUGCCACAGUGGGUUACUGAGUGUUCUAAUGCCACGGUGGGUUACUGUGUGUUCUAAUGCCACGGUGGGUUACUGUGUGUUCUAAUGCCACAGUGUUACUGUGUGUUCUAAUGCCACAGUGGGUUACUGUGUGUUCUAAUGCCACAGUGGGUUACUGUGAUUUCUAAUGCCACGGUGUUACUGUGUGUUCUAAUGCCACGGUGUUACUGUGUGUUCUAAUGCCACAGUGGGUUACUGUGUGUUCUAAUGCCACGGUGUUACUGUGUGUUCUAAUGCCACAGUGGGUUACUGUGUGUUCUAAUACCACGGUGUUACUGUGUGUUCUAAUGCCACGGUGUUACUGUGUGUUCUAAUGCCACGGUGUUACUGUGUGUUCUAAUGCCACGGUGUUACUGUGUGUUCUAAUGCCACGGUGUUACUGUGUGUUCUAAUGCCACGGUGUUACUGUGUGUUCUAAUGCCACGGUGUUACUGUGUGUUCUAAUGCCACGGUGUUACUGUGUGUUCUAAUACCACGGUGUUACUGUGUGUUCUAAUACCACGGUGUUACUGUGUGUUCUAAUGCCACGGUGUUACUGUGUGUUCUAAUGCCACAGUGUUACUGUGUGUUCUAAUGCCACGGUGUUACUGUGUGUUCUAAUACCACGGUGUUACUGUGUGUUCUAAUGCCACGGUGUUACUGUGUGUUCUAAUACCACGGUGUUACUGUGUGUUCUAAUGCCACGGUGGGUUACGGUAUGUUACUGUGUGUUCUAAUGCCACGGUGGGUUACUGUGUGUUCUAAUGCCACGGUGUUACUGUGUGUUCUAAUGCCACGGUGUUACUGUGUGUUCUAAUGCCACGGUGUUACUGUGUGUUCUAAUGCCACAGUGUUACUGUGUGUUCUAAUGCCACGGUGUUACUGUGUGUUCUAAUGCCACGGUGUUACUGUGUGUUCUAAUGCCACGGUGUUACUGUGUGUUCUAAUGCCACGGUGUUACUGUGUGUUCUAAUGCCACGGUGUUACUGUGUGUUCUAAUGCCACGGUGUUACUGUGUGUUCUAAUGCCACGGUGUUACUGUGUGUUCUAAUGCCACGGUGGGUUACGGUAUGUUACUGUGUGUUCUAAUGCCACGGUGGGUUACUGUGUGUUCUAAUGCCACGGUGGGUUACUGUGAUUUCUAAUGCCACGGUGGGUUACGGUAUGUUACUGUGUGUUCUAAUACCACGGUGUUACUGUGUGUUCUAAUGCCACGGUGGGUUAUGGUAUGUUACUGUGUGUUCUAAUGCCACGGUGGGUUACGGUAUGUUACUGUGUGUUCUAAUGCCACGGUGGGUUACGGUAUGUUACUGUGUGUUCUAAUACCACGGUGUGUUCUAAUGCCACUGUGUGUUACAUUGUGUUCUAAUGUUAGUGUGUUCUAAUGCCGCUGUGUGUUCUAAUUCCACUGUUACUGUGUGUUCUAAUGCCACUGUUACUGUGUUACUGUGUGUUCUAAUGCCACUGUGGGUUACUGUGUGUUCUAAUGCCACUGUGGGUUACUGUGUGUUCUAAUGCCACUGUGGGUUACUGUGUGUUCUAAUGCCACUUUUACUGUGUGUUCUAAUGCCACUGUGGGUUACAUUUACAUCAUUUAGCAGUCGCUCUUUUCCAGAGCGACUUUGUUACAGUGUGUUUUCUAAUGACUUUGUUACUGUGUGUUCUAAUGCCACUGUGUGUUAGUGGGUUCUAAUGCCACUGUGUUAGUGGGUUCUAAUACCGCUGUGUGUUCUAAUGCCACUGUGUGUUAGUGGGUUCUAAUGCCACUGUGUUAGUGGGUUCUAAUACCGCUGUGUGUUCUAAUGCCACUGUGGGUUCUAAUGCCACUGUGUUAGUGGGUUCUAAUACCGCUGUGUGUUCUAAUGCCACUGUGUGUUAGUGGGUUCUAAUGCCACUGUGUGUUAGUGGGUUCUAAUACCGCUGUGUGUUCUAAUGCCACUGUGUGUUAGUGGGUUCUAAUACCGCUGUGUGUUCUAAUACCGCUGUGUGUUCUAAUGCCACUGUGUGUUAGUGGGUUCUAAUACCGCUGUGUGUUCUAAUACCGCUGUGUGUUCUAAUGCCACUGGUGUUAGUGGGGUUCUAAUUACCGCUUUGGUGUUCCUAAUGCCACUGUGUGUUAGUGGGUUUCUCAUACCGCUGGUGUGUUCUAAGUACCGGCUGUGUGUUCUAUGCCACUGUGUGUUAGGUGGGUUCUAUACCGCUGUGUGUUCUAAUUAACCGCUGUGUGUUCUAAUGCCACUGGUUAGUGGGUUCUAAUACCGCUGUGUGUUUUAAUACCGCUGUGUGUUCUAACUGGCCAACUGUGUGUUAGUGGGAUUCAUAAUACCGAUGUGUGUUCUAUAACCGCUGUGUGUUUCUAAUACCGCUGUGUGUUCUUAAUGCCGACUGUGUGUUGAGUGGGUUCCUAUCCCGCUGUGUGUUCUAAUACCGCUGUGUGUGCUAAUGCCACUGUGUGUAGUGGGUUCUACUACCGCUUUGUGUUCUAAUACCGUUGGUGUUCUAAUGGCCCUGUGUGUUAGUGGGUAUCUAAUACCGCUGUGUGUUCUAAUACCGCUGUGAUGUACAGUGUGUUGUCAAUGCCCAGUGUGUUGAAUGCCACCAGUGUGUUGUAUGCAUGAUGGCCCGCCAGUUGUUGUAAUGCCCCAUGUGUGUUGUAAUGCCCAGUGUGUAUGCCAGUGUGUUGUAAUGCCAGUGUGUUGUAAUGCCACAGUGUGUUGUAAUGCCGCCAGUGUGUUGUAAUGCCAGUGUGUUGUAAUGCCAGUGUGUUGUAAUGCCAGUGUGUUGUAAUGCCAGUGUGUUGUAAUGCCAGUGUGUUGUAAUGCCAGUGUGUUGUAAUGCCAGUGUGUGGUAAUGCCAGUGUGUGUUGUAAUGCCACAGUGUUGUAAUGCCACAGUGUUGUAAUGCCACAGUGUUGUAAUGCCACAGUGUUGUAAUGCCAGUGUGUGUUGUAAUGCCACAGUGUGUUGUAAUGCCACUGUGUGUUGUAAUGCCAGUGUGUUGUAAUGCCGCCAGUGUGUUGUAAUGCCAGUGUGUUGUAAUGCCAGUGUGUUGUAAUGCCAGUGUGUUGUAAUGCCACAGUGUGUUGUAAUGCCAGUGUGUUGUAAUGCCACAGUGUGUUGUAAUGCCACAGUGUGUUGUAAUGCCACAGUGUGUUGUAAUGCCAGUGUGUUGUAAUGACGCCAGUGUGUUGUAAUGACGCCAGUGUGUUGUAAUGCCAGUGUAUUGUAAUGCCGCCAGUGUGUUGUAAUGCCAGUGUGUUGUAAUGCCGCCAGUGUGUUGUAAUGCCCAGUGUGUUGUAAUGCCAGUGUGUUGUAAUGCCAGUGUGUUGUAAUGCCGCCAGUGUGUUGUAAUGCCGCCAGUGUGUUGUAAUGCCGCCAGUGUGUUGUAAUGCCGCCAGUGUGUUGUAAUGCCGCCAGUGUGUUGUAAUGCCACAGUGUGUUGUAAUGCCACAGUGUGUUGUAAUGCCAGUGUGUUGUAAUGCCACAGUGUGUUGUAAUGCCAGUGUGUUGUAAUGCCAGUGUGUUGUAAUGCCAGUGUGUUACUUCUCCAGUAUAGCGGAUGAGGAGCCGACGAGCCCUGACUCCGAGGGGGAGCUGAAGCCAGCUCUGGUCCCCAGCAUGUUCCCCCUUCUCCCACCCACGCUGUACUUCAGCACUGCCAACCAGAGAGGUAAGACACGGCUUUACUAUGUCGACCAAUGGUAUACAUAUUUUUUUAACGUCCUUGUUGAGAUCAAAAGCCUUAACACUGCCCUCAACCUCCCCAUCCUCCAUGUGUAGAGAGAUUGCUGCCCUCUAUCCGUAUGGUACUGUGUAGUCCCGUAGUCCCGUAGCCCCGUAGCCCUAAGUUGUAGCUGUGUUUCAGUGGAGCCCCUGCCACCGGAGCAGAGGAAGCUGCUCAAAUGGAAGAUGAGCGCUGUGACUCCCGCCGUAGUCAAACACACCAUCGCCAGGUCACACUUCAAAGUCACCAAGGGUGAGUUACUCCUCAACCCUGUUUCUAGCUCGUACCUAUUGAAAUAUAAAGAGAUCCUGUAUGUUGAUAUUUGUGUGAAAAAUGAAACAUCAUAAAAAUAAACGUUAUUGUUGUUGCAGAAAGUCAUGAUUGGCUUGGCUGCUGGGGUCACCAUAUGAAGUCCCCUGGGUUCAAGGCCAUCAGGGAAUACCAGAAGGUGAGAGGAGACAGGACUGGACAAAAGCAAGCCUGGUCCCAGAUCUGUUUGUGCCAUCUUGACAACGAAUAUGGUUAUUGUCAUGCCAUAGGAGUUGGCAAGAUAGCACAAACACUGUAAUGAGUGAGCCUCUCACUCUCUUCCCCCCCCCCUCAUGGGCCCCUCGCAAUUGUAUAACAUUUAAAAAUCCAAUUAAAGAGGUCUCAGCGAUCAAUAUUGAACUCAAAGCACACUGUUUUACAAAUAAAGAUAUCUCAUAGGGGCUUUAAAAUACGGCGCGCACGAAAUUGCGCAUUGUAUAGCUUCCCCAGGUAGUGAAUUAGCACCAAUUUGAAUUAGGUCUAAAUCAGGGUUUAUGUUAGCCGGUUAUAUCAGUCUAGUGUAUAUAUAAAUAAUUGAAUUAAUCUCAAUUGUACAAAAAAAUACAAAAGAAAUAGCCUAAUUUGUCAGUCAAGAAUUCAUGACAAUCACUGGAUUAGCUUGCAUGUCAAAAUAUCUUGGUAUUCUGCAUUCCUGCUUGGACCUGUUAGAUGUAACAUCUUGUUUAUUGAAUACCAUCUCGGUAGUCUUACACUUCUUGGUAAAGCAGUGUGAAUUACUUUAGACGACUCAAAUGUAUUCUAUUGUGUGACGCUGCUAAAAAUAAAAUAAAAAAUUCGGUGCCACCAACUGAAGAAGUUAGUGACACCGGGGGAAACGUUAGUCUGGAGCCCUGUACCAGCCAAACAAGAAUAAUGCUAUUGAUUUUUAUUAUUAUUGAUUCAAUCUAUUAAUAUUUUUGUUUCAAUUUAGCUGUGAUUUGCCUGACUGUUGUGCGCUCUCGCUCUCUCUCCAAAUUCAAUUUAAGGGUUUUAUUGGCAUGGGAAACGUGUGUUAACAUUGGCUUUAUUGGCAUGGGAAACGUAUGUUAACAUUGGCUUUAUUGGCAUGGGAAACGUGUGUUAACAUUGGCUUUAUUGGCAUGGGAAACGUGUGUUAACAUUGGCUUUAUUGGCAUGGGAAACGUGUGUUAACAUUGGCUUUAUUGGCAUUGGAAACGUGUGUUAACAUUGGCUUUAUUGGCAUGGGAAACGUGUGUUAACAUUGGCUUUAUUGGCAUUGGAAACGUGUGUUAACAUUGGCUUUAUUGGCAUGGGAAACGUGUGUUAACAUUGGCUUUAAUGGCAUGGGAAACAUGUGUUAACAUUGGCUUUAUUGGCAUGGGAAACGUGUGUUAACAUUGCCAAAGCAAGUGAAGUAGAUAGUAAAUUAAAAGUGAAAUAAACAAAAAAUGUACAGUAAACAUUACACUCAGAAGUUCAGAAGGAAUAGACAUUUUAAAUGUCAUUAUGUCUCUAUACAGUGUUGUAACGAUGUGCAAAUAGUUAAAGUAAAUAAGGGAAAAUCUACAUAAAUAUGAGUUGUAUUUAAAUGGUGUUUGUUCUUCACUGGUUGCCCUUUUCUUGUGGCAACAGGUCACAAAUCUUGCAGCUGUGAUGGCACACUGUGGUUUUUCACCCAGUAGAUAAGGGAGUUUAUCAAAAUUGGGUUUGUUUUCGAAUUCUUUGUGGAUCGCUGUAAUCUGAGGGAAAUAUGUGUCUCUAAUAUGGUCAUACAUUUGGCAGGAGGUUAGGGAAGUGCAGCUCAGUUUCCUCCUCAUUUUGUGGGCAGUGUGCACAUAGCCUGUCUUCUCUUGAGAGCCAGGUCUGCCUACGGCGGCCUUUCUCAAUAGCAAGGCUAUGCUCAAUGAGUCUGUACAUAGUCAAAGCUUUCCUUAAGUUUGGGUCAGUCACAGUGGUCAGGUAUUCUGCCACUGUGUACUCUGUUUAGGGCCAAAUAGCAUUCUAGUUUGUGCUGUUAAUUCUCUCUCUCUGUUUUUUCCUGUCUCUUUUCAGUUGAACCACUUCCCCGGCUCGUUUCAGAUCGGUCGUAAGGACCGUCUGUGGAGGAACCUGUCGAAGAUGCAGGCUCAGUUUGGUAAGAGGGAGUUCAGCUUCUUCCCCCGCUCCUUCGUUCUCCCUCAGGACAUCAAGCUGCUGAGGAAGGCCUGGGAGGACCGUGGUAGCAGGCAGAAAUGGAUCAUCAAACCGGUAGGUGGUUAGUAGACUGCGUCUGAAAUGGCCAAAAGUCCACUAUAUAUAGGGAAUAGGUUACCAUCUGGGACAUAGCCUUGGUGUUUCUUCUGAAGUGGAUGUAUUGGGAUGUGUAUUAGUACUGUAUGUAUAGUGAGACGAGCUCUAGUCUUGAUCAAUGUAAUAUAAUUCCCUCUUGGUAUAUUUCCUCCUCUCUCUCUCUCUCUCUCCUGUAGCCUGCGUCUGCUCGGGGUAUUGGGAUCCAGGUUAUUCACAAGUGGAGUCAGAUGCCGCGCAAGAGACCACUGCUGGUGCAGAAGUACGUAAACUGCCUUGGAAUGACAGACCCUUCUCCUAGUGGUGUGAAUGGGAUUGUAGCCUGGUCCCAUAUCGGUUUGUGCUGUCUUGCCAGCUUCUGACCAUUUGGGACCAGGCUAGUGUGAUUUGACCAGUAAACUGGACUGGAUUAUGAUAACAACAUGCUAUUGUCUCAAGGUCUUUUCUGAACGUUGUUUUGUGUUAUCUCUCAGGUAUCUUCACAAGCCCUACCUCAUCAGUGGGAAUAAGUUUGACCUGCGUAUCUAUGUGUACGUGUCAUCUUACGACCCGCUCCGUGUUUACGUCUUCCAAGAUGGACUUGUCCGCUUCGCCAGCGUCAGGUACGUCACCUGAUCAUCAUCAUCAUCAUCUCCAUCUUUUGAUAAUGUUUGGUUACACUUUAGUUGAAGCCAGAAGAUAUGAUGCUUUAUAACAGUGAUUGGGUUGUUUUGUGUAGAUAUUCCUCUUCCAUGAAAAGCCUUAGCAACAAGUUCAUGCACCUGACAAACUACAGCGUGAACAAGAAGAACUCCGAGUAUCAGAGCAACGACAGUGACAAGGCCUGCCAGGGGCACAAGUGGUGAGCGAGGACGGGAUGGGCUUAUGUUAGCAGAUAACAAGGCUUUUUCAUUGGACAGAUGGACUAAUGUGUGUGUGUCCCCGUGUUUGUGUGUGUGUCCCCGUGUUUGUGUGUGUGUCCCCGUGUUUGUGUGUGUGGGACCCCGUGUUUGUGUGUGUGUCCCCGUGUGUGUGUGUGUGUGUGUGCGUGUGUGUGUGUGUGUGUGUGUGUGUGUGUGUGUGUGUGUGUCCCCGUGUGUGUGUGUGUGUGUGUGUGUGUGUCCCCGUGUGUGUGUGUGUGUGUGUCCCCGUGUGUGUGUGUGUCCCUGUGUGUGUGUGUGUGUGUGUGUGUCCGUGUGUGUGUGUGUGUGUGUGUGUAUCUGUCCUGUGUGUGUGUGUGUGUGUGUGUCCCCGUGUGUGUCCCCGUGUGUGUGUGUGUGUGUGUCCCCGUGUGUGUGUGUGUGUCUGUGUGUGUCAGGGCUCUGAAGGCAUUGUGGCAGUACCUAGGUUCCAGGGGGGUCAACACUACGCUGAUCUGGGAGAAGAUCAAGGACAUCGUCAUGAAGACCAUCAUUGCGUAGGUCACAGAAUGAAAUACUACACUUCCAGCGCCUUCUGAAAGUAUUCAUCCACCUUGACUUGUUCCACAUUGUAGUGUUACAGCCUGAAUUCAAAAUGGAUUACAUAUUUAUUUCCUCACCCAUCUUUUAUUUUAUUUAACCUUUUAUUUAACCUUUUAUUUAACUAGGCAAGUCAGUUAAGAACAUACUUAUUUACAAUGACGGCCUACACCGGCCAAUCCCGGACGACACACAAUGCCCCAUAAUGACAGUGAAAACAUGUUUUUAGACAUUUUUGCUAAUUUAUUGAAAAUUAAAUACAGAAAUAUUACAUUAAAUAAGUAUUCACACCCCUAAGGCAAUACAUGUUAGAAUCACCUUUGGCAGUGAUUACAGGUGUAUCUUUCGGGGUAAAUUUCUAAGAGCUUUGCACACCUGGAUUGUACAAUAUUUUAACAUCUUUAAACAAUUCUUCAAGCUCUCUCAAGUUGGUUGUUGAUCAUUGCUAGACAGCCAUUUUCAUGUCUUGCCAUAGAUCUUCAAGCCAAUUUAAGUCAAAACUGUAACUAGGCCACUCGGCAACAUUUAAUAUCUUCUUGGUAAGCAACUCCAGUGUAGAUUUGUCCAUGCGUUUUAAUUUAUUGUCCUGCUGAAAGGUGAAUUUGUCUCCGUGUCUGGUGGAAAGCAGACUGAACCAGGUUUUCCUCUAGGAUUUUGCCUGUGCUUAGCUGUAUUCCAUUUAUUCUUGUCAGUGGCAAGGACUAGGGAGUUUUUGGGGAUAAGCAUCCCCAUAACAUGAUGCAGCCACCACCAUGCUUGAAAAUAUAAAGAGUGGUACUCAGUGAUGUGUUGUGUUGGAUUUGCCCCAAACAUAACGCUUUGUAUUCAGGACAUUAAGUUCAUUUAUUUGCUACAUUUAUUGCUGUUUUUACGUUAGUGCCUUAUUGCAAACAGGAUGCAUGUUUUGUAAUAUUUUUAUUCUGUACAGGCUUCCUUCUUUUCACUCUGUCAUUUAGGUUAUUAUUGUGGAGUAACUACAAUGUUGUUGAUCCAUCCUCAGUUUUCUCCUAUCACAGCCAUUAAACUCUGUAACUGUUUUAAAGUCACCAUUGGCCUCAUGGUGAUAUCCCUGAGCGGUUUCCUUCCUCUCCGGCAACUGAGUUAGGAAGGGCGCCUGUGUCUUUGUAGUGACUGGGUGUAUUGAUACACCAUCCAAAGUGUAAUUAUACCAUGCUCAAAGGGAUAUUCAAUGUCUGUUUUCUUUUUUUUUUUUACCAAUAGGUGCCCUUCUUUGCAAGGCAUUUGAAAACUUCCCUGGUCUUUGUGGUUGAAUCUGUGUUUGAAAUUCACUGCUCGACUGAGGGACCUUACAGAUAAUUGUAUGUGUGGGGUACAGAGAUGAGGUAGUCAUUCAAAAAUCAUAUUCAACACUAUUAUUGCACACAGAGUGAGUCCAUGCAACUUAUUAUGUGACUUGUUAAGCACAUUUUUACUCCUGAACUUAUUUAGGAUUGCCUGAACGGGGUUCAAUACUUAUUUACUCAAGACAUUUCAGCUUUUUAUUUUUAUUUUUUAAGUCUAAAAACAUAAUUCCACUUCGACAUUAUGGGGUAUUGUGUGUAGGCCAGUGACACAAAAUCUCAAUUUAAUCCAUUUGAAAUUCAAGCUGUAACACAACAAAAUGUGGAAAAAGUAAAGGGGUAUGAAUACUUUCUUAAGGUACUGUAUAAGGUCCCGCAGUUGACAGAGCAGAAACUAUACCAAGGAACUGUCCGUAGAUCGCGUGAUGAGGCAUAUAUCUGGGGAAGGGUAUGGAACAAUUUUUUUUGUGUAUUGAAAAACUUUCCAAGAACACAGUGGUUUCCAUCAUUGGGAAAUGGAAAAGAUAUGAACUACCCAGACUCUGCCUAGAGCUGGCCGUCCGACCAAACUGAUCAACCGGGAAAGAAGGACCUUGGUCAGGGAGGUGACCAAAGAACCCAAUGACCACUCUGACAGAACUACAGAGUUCCUUGGCUGAGAUGGGAGAACCUGCCAGAAGGACAGCAGUCUCUACAGCACUUCACCAAUCUGGGCUUUAUGGGAGAGAGGCCAGACGGAAGCCACUCCUGAGAAAAAGGCACAUGACAGCACGCCUGGAGUUUGCAAAAAGGCACCUGAUAGACUUGAGCAUAAGGCAAAAGAUUCUGUGGUCUGAUGAGACAAAAAUGUAACUCUUGGCCUGGAGUAAAGCAGGCACCGCUCAUCAUCCGUCUAACACCAUCGUGAAGUGUGGUGGCAGCAUCAUGCUAUGGGGAUGCUUUUCAGCAGCAGGGACUGGUAGACUGGUCAGGAUAGAGGGAACAAUGAAUGGAGCCAAAUACAGGCAAAUCCUUGAUGAGAACCUGCUUCAGAGUGCAAACAACCAAAGACUUACAUUCCAACAGGACAAUGACCCCAAGCCUACACCCAAAGCAAUGCUGGAAUGGCUUCAGUACUAGAAUGUGAAAGUCCUUGAGUGGCCCAGCCAAAGCCCAGACUUGAAUCCCAUUUGAAAAUGUGUGACUUGAAGAUUGCUGUUCCCCGCUUGGCCCCAUUUAAAUUAACAGAGCUUGACAAAAUCUUCAAGGAGGAAUGGCAGAAAAUCCCCAAAUCCAGAUGUGCAAAGCUGAUACAGACCUACCCAAGACGACUCAAAGCUGUAAUCCGCGCCAAAAGCGCUUCUACAAAGUACAUACUCAGCGGUGUGAAUACUUACACUUCCGGUCAAAAGUUUUAGAACACCUACUCAUUCAAGGGUUUUCUUUAUUUUGACUAUUGUCUACAUUGUAGAAUAAUAGUGAAGACCUCAACUAUGAAAUAACACACAUGGAAUCAUGUAUUAACCAAAAAAGUGUUAAACAAAUCAAAAAUAUAUUUGAGAUUCUUCAAAGUAGCCACCCUUUGCCUUGAUGACUGCUUUGCACACUCUUGGCAUUCUCUCAACCAGCUUCACCUGGAAUGCUUUUCCAACAGUCUUGAAGGAGUUCCCACAUAUGCUGAGCACUUAUUGGCUUCUUUUCCUUCACUCUGCGGUCCAACUCAUCCCAAACCAUCUCAAUUUGGUUGAGGUCGGGUGAUUGUGGAGGCCAGGUCAUCUGAUGCAGCACUCCAUCACUCUCCUUCUUGGUAAAAUAGCCCUUACACAGCCUGUUGAAAAACAAAUGAUAGUCCCGCUGCAGAAUGCUGUGGUAGCCAUGCUGGUUAAGUGUGCCUUGAAUUCUAAAUAAAUCACAGACAGUGUCACCAGCAAAGCACCAUAACACCUCCUCCUCCAUGCUUUACGGUGGGAAAGACCAAUGCGGAGAUCAUCCGUUCACCCACACUGCGUCUCAAAAAGACUUGGCGGUUGGAACCAAAAAUCUCAAAUUUGGACUCCAGACCAAAGGACACAUUUCCACCAGUCUAAUGUCCAUUGCUUGUGUUUCUUGGCUCAAGCAAGUCUCUUCUUCUUAUUGGUGUCCUUUUAGUAGUGGUUUCUUUGCAGCAAUUCGACCAUGAAGGCCUGAUUUCAUGCAGUCUCCUCUGAACAGUUGAUGUUGACAUGUGUCUGUUACUUGAACUCUGAAGCAUUUAUUUGGGCUGCAAUUUCUGAGGCUGGAAACUCUAAUGAACUUAUCCUCUGCAGCAGAGGUAACUCUGGGUCUUCCAUUCCUGUGGCGGUCCUCAUGAGAGCCAGUUUCAUCAUAGCGCUUGAUGGUUUUGCGACUGCACUUGAAGAAACUUUCAAAGUUCUUGAAAUGUUCCGUAUUGACUGACCUUCAUGUCUUAAAGUAAUGAUGGACUGUCGUUUCUCUUUGCUUAUUUGAGCUGUUGUUGCCAUAAUAUGGACUUGGUCUUUUACCAAAUAGGGCUAUCUUCUGUAUACCACCCCUACCUUGUCAAAACACAACUGAUUGGCUCAAACGCAUUAAGAAGGAAAUAAAUUCCACAAAUUACCUUUUUAAGAAGGCACACCUGUUAAUUGAAAUGCAUUCCAGGUGACUACCUCAUGAAGCUGGUUGAGAGAAUGCCAAGAUUGUGCAAAGCUGUCAAGGCAAAGUGUGGCUAUUUGAAGAAUCUCAAAUAUAAAAUAUAUUUUGAUGUGAUUAACACUUUUUUGGUUACUACAUGAUUCCAUAUGUGUUAUUUCAUAGUUUUGAUGUCUUCACUAUUAUUCUACAAUGUAGAAAAUAGUCAAAAUAAAGAAAAAAAACCUUGAAUGAGUAGGUGUUCUAAAACCUUUGACCAGUAGAUUAAAUUAAAUAUUUAUGUAUUUCAUUUUCAAUACAUUUGCUAAAUUGUUGUUUUUCUCAGCCAUUUUUAAUUCAGGCUGUAACACAACAAAAUGUGGAAUAAGUCAAGGGGUAUGAAUACUUUCUGAAAGCACUGUAUUAUAGUGUAUCUAAGUCCGAGUUAAAUACAACACUUAUUAUAUACAGAACAAAAAUAUUAACACAACAUGCAACAAUAUCAAAGGUUUUACUGAGUUACAGUUCAUAUGAGGAAAUCAGUCAAUUGAAAUAAAUUCAAUAGGCCCCUAAUCUAUGGAUUUCAGAUGACUGGGAAUACAGAUAUGCAUCUGUUGGUCACAAUGGGCCUCAGGAUCUAGUCACAGUAUUUCUGUGCAUUCAAAUUGCCACCGAUUUAAAAUGCAAUUGUGUUCGUUGUCCGUAGCUUAUGCCUGCCCGUACCAUAACCCCACUGCCACCAUGGGGCACUCCGUCAACAACGUUGACAUCAGCAAACCUCUCGCCCACACAACGCCAUACACGUGGUCUGCGGUUGUGAGGCUGGUUGGAUGUACUGCCAAAUUCUCUAAAAUGACGUUGGAGGCAGCUUAUGGUCGAGAAAUGAUUUUUUUUUAAAUUCUCUGGCAACAGCUCUGUUGGACAUUUCUGCAAUCAGCAUGCCAAUUGCACGCUCCCUCAACUUGAGACACCUGUGGCAUUGUGUUGUGUGACACAACUGCACAUUUUAGAGUGGCCUUUUAUUGUCCCCAGCACAAGGUGCACCUGUGUAAUAAUCAUGCUGUUUAAUCAGCUUCUUGAUAUGCCACACCUUUCAGGUGGAUGGAUUAUAUUGGCAAAGGAGAAAUGCCCACUGACAGGGAUGUGAACAAAUUUGUACACAACAUUUUGAGAGAAAUAAGCUUUUUGUGUGUAUGGGGAAAGUUCUGGGAUCUUUUUUAUUUCAGGUAAUAAAACAUGGGACUAACACUUGUUGCGUUUUUAUGUUUUUGUUCAGUGUAGUAUCUAUGGUCACAGAGUUAAAUACAACACUAAUUAUAGUAUCUAUGGCGUAAGUCUUUUAAUGAAGCUGUGGCAUUAUGUGUAUCCCAUUUUGAGUAAUGAAUUAUGUCUUGUUACCACAGUCUGCAGGUAUAAUGCUUUAGAACUUGUUAUAAGCAUGUAUGAGCAUUUUUUAAAAAUGUAUUAUAAUCUGUUUUUGUCUCUCUAUAUAUAUCAGGUCUGACACGUAUGUGAACACGCGUGUCAAGAUGCACCUGCGCUCCCCCUACAGCUGUCAUGAGCUGUUUGGCUUUGACGUCAUGCUGGAUGAGAACCUCAAGCCUUGGGUGCUGGAGGUCAAUAUAUCUCCAAGGUAACAGACGGAUCAUUCUAGCUGAUAAAAUACACUUGGGGAAAAUGCCCCUCAGACUAUGGAUUUUCUAUUCAGCUUUAGUUUUAUUACAACACCUUACCCUGUGCAUUGUGUGAGCAGUGUUCUGCCUCGUAUCAGUCUCGCUGAUUGUGGCUUACUGACCCUCUGUGUAUUCCUGCAGUUUGCACUCUGUCCUUCUGUCACUCCUUCAUUCCCUCUCUCUCUAUCAGCCUCCACUCCAACACAGCUCUGGACGUCGCCAUUAAGGGUCAGAUGAUCAGAGAUGUGUUGAACCUGGCGGGUUUCGUUCUGCCUCGGAGAGAGGUGCGCAGCUCCGCCAGCAGGUCAGUCACUGUCAUUACACCACUGAUCACUGCCGGUCCCGAUUCCAUCCCUUUCCCUUUCCCUUGGCCCUAACCCAUCGAUCUUUGCAGAUCUGUAAGGUGGAAUCAAUAUGGCUCCGUCACUACACUGCUUAUACCUUUCUAGAUCCUUCCGAUCUGUAAACAUUGAAGUGGAAGGGGGUAGGGAGUAAUUAGGAAUUUCUACUGGACUCACUCAACAGCCCAUAAGACAAUAGUGGUGUUCAUCAAUAUCUUAUUGUUUUUGCUUUGUGGAUUGGUGUAAUGACUUAGUUUGUGUUCUGUUGUGUGUUUUUCAGUGGAGGAACCUGGGAGAGAACCAGACCAGAUAUUUCUACUGAUGAAAAAGUCAAACGGGCCUUCUACCUGAGCCAGUGCUUCGCAGACCAGGUACGUUCAUGCAGCCCUGUCAGAUGCUCCACGCAACUACUGGGAACUUUCCCAGACUUCAAGUCGUAAAGUCCGACGUGUGUUCAAGUCCAGGUCUUCCUGUGGUCUUCUACCGAUCGGGUUGGUUAAGCGUCCAGAACUCCAAGCUAGCUAGCUAGCUAGCUAGUUACCUUGGAGGUUUCUCAGACGAUCGAUGCUGUAACUUGUCAGUCUGAGCUUAUAUUAAUAUAGGGGAAACACUGAAAUCCAGCUAUGUAUAAAAUCCCACUGAACCCUCUGGUUCCUCAAGACCCACUGAACCCCCUGGUUCCUCAAGACCCACUGAACCCCCUGGUUCCUCAAGACCCACUGAACCCCCUGGUUCCUCAAGACCCACUGAACCCCCUGGUUCCUCAAGACCCACUGAACCCCCUGGUUCCUCAAGACCCACUGAACCCCCUGGUUCCUCAAGACCCACUGAACCCCCUGGUUCCUCAAGACCCACUGAACCCCCUGGUUCCUCAAGACCCACUGAACCCCCUGGUUCCUCAAGACCCACUGAACCCCCUGGUUCCUCAAGACCCACUGAACCCCCUGGUUCCUCAAGACCCACUGAACCCUCUGGUUCCUUUCUCUCUGUAGGACUCCUCCUCCAUCCUGGACGUUAUGACUCCAGAGGACGUGCGUGUCCUGGCUGAGACGGAGGACGAGCUGAGCAGGAAGGGAGAGUUUGAACGGGUGUUCCCCUCCCACUGCUCCUCACGAUACCUACGCUUCUUCGAACACCCGCGCUACCUCAACAUCCUGCUCAACCAGUGGGAGACCAAGUAUGGACAGAACAAGAGUGAAGGUAGGUUGGUCUGUCUGUCUGGAUACGUCUCAACUGGGCACCCUUUUCACUUUUAUAGUGCACUUCUUUUGACCAGGACCAAUGGGCAAUGAACUAUAGAGGGAAUGGGGGUGCCAGUUGGAACAUCCACCCUGUGUGUACGGUUGGUUGUGUGGCUGAAUGCUCAGUCAUUACCCUUCCAUCUGUAACCACUAGGUCCACCAACAGCUACUGUUGUUUCCUUAUGUCUUGUUCCUAGGAGUCGGUGUGCUCAGGGCUUUCUGUCAGAAAGGAGUCCAUCUGGGUACGGAGGACCCUGCACAUAUAGUGAGUAUUGGCUCUCUGUGAAUUGCUGUUCAUUUAAAGAAACGCUCGUUUUUAAUAUAUAUCUGGAGGUACUCUGCUGUGUUUGUAAACUAUUGACAAGUUGUUUUUCUCUGUUUUUUUUUUAAAUCUAGUGGUCCAAGUCGACCUACGUUCCCAAGUUUGAUUACCCCACCAGGCAGGAGCCAAUCAGAUCGAGGUAGGUGGAGACGCACGCCCUCUCCUUGUCGAGUUCAUCAUAGACCCUCUUUAGGCAGCCUUUUUUUACCAGAUCACAAUAUUUUCAAAGGAACUAACUCUGUUAACACACAGUGACGCGAGGAAUUUCUCUCCAUUCUCUCUCCUAAAUAAGUCGCUGUUCCAGUGUGGUGGUGGGCCACAGAACCAGGUCCCAGCCAGACCCGGAAGAGUACUGUUUCAACGGGGAGGUGCAGAAUGUCACCACCUCCCUCCCAGACAUCGGCGUCCUGGGCUCCCCCAGCCCCUCUCCCUCCCUUAGGGGUUAGGGGGUUAGCCUGUCUCACUGGAGCUAGGAUACCGUAACACUGUUGAUUAGACACCUUGGGCUUCCAAAAGAACCACACAAACAUCACACACAUUCACAGUUUGGGAAGGAGAUGUGUAUAGUGUGUGUGUGUGUGUGUGUGUGUGUGUGUGUGGGUUUAUCAACCAUUGCUGGGUGCUCAAGGCUCUCCCCUAA